UUUGCUUAGUUUGUUUACAGCCGCACAGCGCGACGGGAGCCGACAAUUAUAGCUGCCUGAUAUCGAACUGUGCAGCACUAGAGCACUUAUGUAGGCCCGCUGGCUACUGCGAAUCGUGUUCUUUCCUUUAUUAGUUAAUUUUAAUAAAGCUAAAAGUCAAAAGCUGAUUGCUGUAGGAAGUGGUUUAUGAGAGGAUCAACUCUAAGAACACCAUCACACAAAGUAUCGCCAAAGAAUGGCACGCGGUGGAUAGAGAAGAGCUUGGAGAAGCCCGCAUGCUCUCAGAACCUCAUCAUCGGAGGUGGUUACUGUGGAGACUGACCAGUAUUCGACUGGCGGCGGUUCGAUCAAGAACAACCACCUCGUGGAGUUCGCGGUUCUCGAGAUCUGGUUUGAGUAAUUGCUAGAUAGCUGUUCUGCUUUGUGGAGCCCGUUUGUCGUUUUGACACGAAUGGCUGAUUGCGAAAUUUGGGAAGUGUUGUUCUGUAGCAGUUGUUGGAUUCAGUGAAUGUGGCAUUGUAAAAGUUUGUGACAUCUGUUUUGUAGAGCAGUUCGCACUUGAUGGUGACUUGCUGAAUUUCUUGUGGUGUUUUAUAAGGCUGCUUCCACUCGAAGACCAGUUAUGGAUGCGUUGAUGCAAGGCAACUGAAGAUAUCGCAGAAGCUUAGCAUUGAUUCGUAGUGUCUGUACCAGUCAGAAGUUUGUGAUCAGUUAAGUGUUGGGACAAAUCUGGCUAGAAGAUCAAAGAUCAGCGUGUGCUGUUUCGCUUAGUGCAGCAGCCAGCGUGCGAGUGAGCCAAUAAUAAAAGUAAAUAAAGUGCAGUUUUGAAAAAAAAAACAAGUUUUACGAGUUGAGUAGGGGGUGGUUUGCUUGUUUGGCGCGAACUGCAAGGAUCAUUAUACCAUAGACGACGAAAUCGACAAAACUAAGAGACAUUAGUACGGUCUUCAACAUUGGUGCUAUCGAGGAGCGUCCUCGACUGAGUGGAUGUCGCCAACAAGAGCUGCCGGUGGAAAAGCGGAACACAUAAAAAAAAAAAUGAAAAGUGCUUAAUGGUGUUGUCUUGUGUCGCCACCCAUCAUCAGCACUGCUGCUGAUGCUUAGAAGGCCUUCCCUCGGUGCAACAGUAAUGAAAACUGUGACCAUAUCGAGUGUGAAACGAGGUGAAGUCAGAUAGACGUCGCUGUUAUGGCCGAACUGCAUACUUCAGCUUCAGGAAGAAGAGCACUAUUUUGCAGUUGCUGUUGUGGCUAAAAAUAAAAGUAUUUUCUGUAAAACCCAAACAGAGCGAGCGCGCGCCAACGUUGAGUCAACCUAAGCCGGGUCGAAUCUCGAAGUGAAUUGUGUAGUGUGAGGUAAUUUGAGGAGUGAUCGCUGUGAUCGCGAGUGUAUGAAUCCAAAAGGUGUCGUUGCAUUCGCUACUUUGACGCCAACGACGAAGAGAGAAACGUGCCUUAGAAGCGUGAAUUCUGAAUUGAUGACUUGUUUAUAGAAGCACGUGAGUGGCAGUAGGAAUUCGGUUAAUUGCCGGGCGGCGACAGAAGAUUAGAAAUCUGCUGAUGCUGCUUCAGAAUCCCCGGCUAACCUUGAAUAACACUGGUCGCGGCUAUGGCCUCCCAACGAUGACUAACAACGGCAUUACAUGCUAAGGGCUGACAAACCAGAUCUAUGAACGGGAAGUGGUGGCCGCCUCACUUGGGAUUGCAUACAACAGAAGCGAUUGAAGCACGCCCGGUUCACAGAAACGGAAGCCAUAGCAAUAGCAGGGAGGGACCACGCCCCCCUCAUUGCGACGUGUUAUGACGAAGCUCAUUGUGCUCAACGUGCUGGGCACACUGGUUGGACCGUUAUUACUGCUAACAUUGCUACUUUCAUCAUUGGACAGCUGUGUGGGGCAACGAGAAUCGCAAUUGCGGCUCGGGAAGGCAAUCAAUAUUUUUAUCCGCUAUGGUUACCUGUCAAUAUCGAUGAAGGUAAUCUCGUACAACGAUAGUGAGACAUGGCUGUUCAAAGAGCCAACCAAGAACAUCUUCAAGGGACUCAACCAGGUAAAAACUGAAGAGUACGAAGUCAAACCGGGCGUUUUCAAUGGCGACUUCCACAUGGAGUUCUGCGACAACAAGCGCCAACUGUUUCAGGCGUACUUCCGAGACUUUCAAAUCGAACGACUAGACAACCCGUGGAGGGCCUACACCGAAGGCUGGCACACGGAAAUCGCUGCCAAAAAGCUAGGAAUCCAAAGCAAAUACCUCGAUCGGGACGACUACUGCUACGUGCUGGUGAGAGUAUCGAGGUUUCGAGAUAGCGCCAAGUUCGCCAAGCCCAUCCCUCCCAACCAGGUGCUGGAGAGUGACGUACAGCGGAAGAUUCAAACCGUUUCGGUCGGUGAUACGACAUCGGCCGUACAGUUUAUGAACAAGUAUGGAACGCAUUAUAUCAAUUCGUACGUGACAGGAAACUCUCUGUACCAGGUGUUUGUGUUCAACAAGCGCAACUACGCACAUAUCAAGGAGAAACUGAAAUCGCGAGGUGUCUUGGCGCUUUCCAAAGUGGAUUUGUACGAUCACUUCGCGCCUUGGUAUGUGGAGCACAUGGGUAAGAUCCGUUGCGCAAGUGGGAACACCACGGUGGAAGCGUGGGCCUCCCGGAAGCUGCGACUGUCGUACUACGUGUUCACUUACAGCAGCUUACUGAAGCUGCACGGGGACGGCGCUCUGUUGAGGAUACUGAGCGAACUGCUGCAGAACGAAGCCAUACUACAGCUAGAUUUGCAAUCACUGAGUGUGAUAUUCAAAGAGCCCCGCAAGCGAGCGUGGUUCGAAGAGAUACUUGACAACUAUCUCAAACUUUGGGAAGUUAACAUGUAGUGUGUCGUGAGUGUGAGUGGAUUAACAAUCGCGCAAUGGAAUACAAACAAGCUCCUUAUUGUCCUAUGUGGUUAAUUUUAUGUAGACGAUUAUAAGAAUUUUAACUAAAAGUAAGCUUGCGCGUCUCUCGCGCAAUCAAAGUAUUUAUUGGGUUGAUGUGAAGGUGGGUUUUUUACGAACCGGCCGGUUUAUUAACUUUAUGCUUUAUGAUACCAGCAGGAAAGGUUGUACACUAAACUUGAAACUUAAAUCAAUGUUUUUUUCUUUUGAACAAAUAUAAUAUAUUAUCCCAGUGGUUAUGAUUUGACGAGAAUGGCUCAGAGCAAACCCUGAAAAAGCCAAGCUCAGUUAUCUUAAAUGUUGCUCCACGGACUUAUUUGGAUCUCCAGAAGCUGCACUAAAAAUGUAAGCGAAAUAUAUGCAGAUUAAGACGCAGCUCAACAAGUGAUCUAUUCAACCCAAAAUUCUCAAAGUGUUUGUUGGGUGUAAUAUCUCACUGUAAUCCAGAUGUUUAUCGAAGCACUGCUUCCACCUUUCAAUCAACAUAAGUUCGUUCGUUUGAAUGAUUCCAUAGUUAUCCCUGCAAAUCUCAGUUCACGUUACAAAUCCUUAGAGCACUGCGUCGAAUUUUUGAUUGUACAUUUCAAUGAUGCAAGUUUUAAAGUUUUUGCUCCACUAUGCUUAAACGAUCCCAUCCUCCCAAAAGUUGAAGUGAUUUGGAAGAAAUUUAACUGGUGUUCCAGGUGGAAAGAAUGGAUCAAAGUAAUCUAGGUUAAAGGAAAGGCACUAAUUUCCGACCUACAAGAAUCCUUUGCCGAUUUUCGUAUCUCCAUACAAAGUUGGCCAACAUCAUAUGAAUGGAUCGAAAAUUAAUGAUGGUUUGAAAAUUGGUGCUCUUUCCCUACUAUUGUUUACAGCAGAUAAGCAGUGUUGCUCUAAAAG